AUGUGGGCACAGACUCACCCGUCCGUGUCAGGCCGUACCGGAGGAGCGCUGCCGCAGGCCUCUGAACGGCCGUCUUUGGCGAAUAACGUUACCCCGCUGCGCGCUGGAGGGACUGGUGCUGGCGCUGGUCCUGCUGGUCCUGCUGCGAGUGGUGCUGCUCCUUCAGGCCCUGCAACAUCCAAUGCGACGACGCGAACAAACAACCAUCCGAGCCUCCCACAACUCCCGACCAUUGUAGGAUCUGGGGGCACGUUUCUGCUCGUCGACGACUUACCCACCGCCGAGUCCAGGGAUUCCUUCGCUUCAAUUGUUGAAGACCCGUUUUUCUUUCGUUACCACACGCCUGGACUCGACCCCGAACCCGAGCCCUGUCGCGCGCCUGCGUCUGCGUCUGCACCAACGGCCGCGCCCGAACCCGCGCUUCGAUCCGCCCUGCCAAGCGCCCCGUCCACGAGUGCCGGCCACCGUGAUGAGGAGCGACAGCCGUGGAUCCCGCCGCGAAAAGAGUCUCUGAGCCACUCCAAUCCGACCCCCUGGCAUGCUAGUGCCCCAUCCGACAUGGAGCCCAUCAACAUAGCCAUCAUUGGCGCCGUCGGGGUGGGCAAAUCCACGUUUAUCCAACAGCUCCGCCGAGCACCGCGUCCGUCGGCGCUGAACAUCACGACGCUGCGCCAGGAAGUCGACGGCGCUCCGUACCUCGUCACGCUCGUGGAGCUCGACCUCGAGGGCAUCGAGCUGGACCCGAACCAGCCGGUGCACUGGCCAAAACAGAUUGGAGGACACUCGAUGCCUCGCAUGGAUGGUGCUCUGAUCUUAUACGACGCCGUGAACGAAGGGAGCAUGCGUGAGGUACCCCCAAUCAUGGCCGCUCUUGACAACUCGUCCCUACCCACUCUCCUCGUCGCGACCAAGUGCGAUACCCCCGACGACCUCCGGCAUCCCGAUUUGUCAGGGCUCGCGCAGGCAUUUGCUACCUGCGCGGGCCAUUUGAGGACCGCGUCCAACGCGCCGGCCAGCGCGCGCGAAUGCUUACAAACGAUGUUAAGAGUUGCGCUAGCCAACCGGAAAGACAAGUCAGAAGGCGGGGGAGGCCACAGGAGGCGUGCCGCUUCGACGGCGAAUCUCGAUGCGCCGAUGGACCCCCAUAAUGGCCGCCCCAUCAGUCAGCACAGUAAGCACAGCAGGGCCAGCUCCGACUUCUCGCUGCUGCGGGGGUUCUCGCAACCUGCUAGCGAGAGCCAGUUUCGAGGACCGGCCCCGAGAUCGCCGCGGCCGGAUUACCAGAGCACCUCCAGCAGCAACCUCAGCCACAGCACCGCCAUCCCCGAGGACGGCGGACCGCCCACCGUGUCGAACAUGCUCCGGACGCCGGGCAUCCGACUGGAUGGCGGCGGCGAGACCUUUCUCGAUGUCGACGAAUCCGACGGCGAAUCGUACCGCUCUGACGACAUCCCCAUCCUGCAGCGCAGCGACGACGGUUUCGAUAAGCCGGUCAAGCUGGCGGGCGUGAGCUUUGGCGAGCUCGUCGACCGGCUGCUUGCCCCAAAGAUGUCCAAGUCCGACCAGAACUUUGCCGACGUGUUCCUCUGUCUCUACCGGAAAUUCAGCACGCCUUCCGGGCUGCUCGCGGCGAUCCGCGCGCGGCUGGACCAGCUGUGGACCGGCCGCGGGGGCGAAUAUCUGCUCAAGAUCGAGGCGCAAAUGCGCAUCAUCGAGGUGGCGGCCAAGUGGCUGUCGUUGUACCCGGGAGACUUUGCGAGGCCGGCGACGCGGAGGAGCCUGGAGGAGCUCAUCAAGCAGCUAUCUACGGACCCGGUGUUUGUCGCGGCGGCCCAGCAGAUGAGGGCACACCUGGAACAAAAGGUUACGGUGGACGAUGACACGAGCUGGGCCAAGUCGGAUCCGGACGAGGAUCAACAGGAAGGAGGAGGAGGAGGAGGAGGAGGAGGAGCGGAUCAACGGCAGAGCGGGAUGGCCGAGUCGAUGGGCUCGCUGCACCUAGAUGGCUCAACACUGGCAAGCGCGCGGCGACCAUCACAGAGCUCCGACCUGUCCGGCAUCGAACCCCGCGGCGCGCAAGGCCCCGCCCGGCUGCAGUUCCACUCAGUCGAAGACUACGAAGCCGAAGCAGCAACCCUAAUCCCAUCCGGGAUCCUCCCACUCAACAAAUACCGCUACCACCUCUUCAUGGAGCUCGACGUAGACGACAUCGCCAACGAAAUGACGCGCAUCGACUGGAUCAUGUUCAGCUCGAUCCGCAUCCGCGACAUGGUCCGCCACGUCUCCCUCUCCCACGACGCCAAAACCAAAUGCCGCCACCUCAAAAACGUCGACCGCAUGGUCUCCCACUUCAACCACGUCGCCCAAUGGGUCGCCAACAUCGUCCUCCUCCGCGACAAGGCCAAACACCGCGCCCCUUGCCUCGAAAAACUCAUGUCUGUCGCCCUCCGCCUGCGGCAGAUGAACAACUACAACGGCCUCGCUGCCGUGCUGGCCGGUAUCAACGGCACUGCCGUGCACCGUCUGGCCUCCACGAGGUCCCUGGUGACGGCCAGCGUGCAGAAGCGGUUUGCCGGACUCGAGUUAUUAAUGGGCACGCAAAAGAGCCAUUUUGCCUAUCGGCUGGCGUGGGAGAACUCGCCGCUGCCGAGGAUCCCGUUUAUGCCGCUGCAUCGGAGGGAUCUGGUGUCGGCGGAGGAAGGGAGCAAGACGUUUGUGGGGAGUGGCGGGGAUAGGGUGAAUUGGAAGAAGUUUGAGGUGCUGGGGGAGGUGUUGUUGCCGAUUAUGAAGAGCCAGGGGCAGCCGUAUCCGAAUUUGUCAAGGAAUGAUGUGUGUAAGGAGUUGGUGCUGGAUUGUAGGAUGUCUACGGAUGAUGAGGACAUUUAUCAGCGCAGUCUGCAGGUCGAGCCGACGAGUGGGAGUGGAGGGGCACUCGAGGCGACGAGGAAGAAGUUCCCCUGGCUGGCAAAGUAG